AUGCUCAACGUUGGUGUCGUUGGCAUUGGUCGCAUGGGGCAAAAGCAUGCCCUCAACGUUCUGAAUCUAGUUCCACGGGCCAAACUUCUAUGUGCUUGCUCCCCUGCUCAAGCUGACCUCGACUGGGCCGAACAGCAUCUCAAGCCGCAUGGCGUGAAGGUUUAUCCUUCUUUCGAAGAGAUGAUCGAGUCACCAGGGCUGCAGGCUGUCAUCAUUUCCUCUAUUACUGAGUUGCAUUUGCCACAGACACUAGCUGCGUUCGACAAGGGGAUUCAUGUUCUGUGCGAGAAACCCAUCUGCAGGUCUAUCUCAGAGCUUGAGACUCUCUGCGAGCAUGUGGAAGAAAAACCAGAGACUAAGGCCAUGGUCGCUUUCAGCCGUCGUUUUGACGACAGCUACCAGGAUGCUCACGAGAAGAUCAAGUCGGGUGCCAUCGGCAAGCCGUUCGUUUUUAGAUCUCAUGGCUGUGAGAAGCUUGACCAGAGUCCAUUCUUUCAUCAAUACCUCAAGAAUUCCGGCGGUAUCUACUUCGACUGCGCCAUACACGACAUUGACUUGUCACUGAUGUUCUUGGGCGAAGAUUCUGUUCCCAGAUCUGUCUCCGCGAUUGGAACCGCUUCCUUCUUUCCGGACCUUGCCAAGACUGGGGAUGCGGAUAAUGCGAUUGGGGUGUGCGAAUUCUGGGACGGGAAGAUGGCCCAUUUUUACCACUCCAGAAGCUCUUCGCACGGUUAUGACAACGUCACUGAGAUCUUUGGCACGACAGGGAAAUUGACAGUCAAUGCCACACCACGCAAGAACCGGGUCGAGAUUUGUGACACGGAUGGCUAUGUCAAGGUUGAACCAACGAACUCGUGGUACGAUAGGUACAUCUCGGCGUUCGUCGUGGAAGCGAACGCAUUCGUUGAUGCUAUUCUGGACGAUAAGCCACUGCCAAUCCCCCUUCGAUCAGCUCUUACGUCACUUAGGAUCGCUACGGGUCUACAGGAAAGCCUGAGGAUUGGCGAGAAGGUCUUUUUCGACCGGCAAGGUCAAUCAACGGGCUCGAGUGCAAAGGCUCAGCUGUAG